AGCAGUAGAAUGGGAGGUCAUUUCGUGCAGGGACAUGUUGAUGGGAUGGGCGAGAUUGUUGAGUUUAAACCUGAAGGGGAUUCUUUGUGGGUGAAGGUGAAGACUGUGAAGGAGAUUUUGAGGUAUAUUGUGCCUAAAGGAUAUAUUGCUGUGGAUGGAACUAGUUUGACUGUUGUCGACGUGUUUGAUGAAGAGGACUGUUUUAACUUCAUGUUGGUGGCGUAUACGCAGCAGAAGGUGGUGAUUCCGAUGAAGAAAGUGGGACAGAAGGUUAAUCUCGAAGUGGAUAUAUUGGGAAAGUAUGUGGAGAGGCUUCUUAGUACUGGCUUUGUUGAUGCCAUCAAAUCUUCUUGAAAAAGGUUGUUCCAUUGUGCUUCAUUUUGACUUUGUAACUUGAUUUAGCAAAAAAUUGUAUCUUGAAUUUGGCGAUGUUUCUUUUGCAAUUCUCUCAAAGGUGUAUUUCGGGAUUGUGUUUCAAUGAAAUAAAAUAAACAAUAUCACUUUGAUU